CGCGGACUGAAAACCGCCCCUUAUCCCGAACCAGAAGAUUACAUAAGGGUGCAUGUCCAACAGGUGCGGGCCGGGGGGCGGGGCCGGGCAGCCGCCUCGUGACGCCAUUGGCCGGCCCGGGUUUUCCCUGGCUCCCCAUUGGCCGACGUACCCCCACUCCUACCGCCACGUGCUUAGGGUACGCACAGGUUUAUCUGUCCCCGCGAUACACCAAAUAAUUUAGUCGUUCACUUAACAUGACGCGUGCAACACCGUGCAGCUGUGUUAAGGGGCAGCACUUGGUGUGUCAAAGUCAGAGUCGGAAUUGUUUUAAGGAUAUGGAGUUGCCGGCGUGUGCGUUGCUCGGCAGGAGGGGCACAGUGAUAGUCAGGAUUCUGGAGCGGUGUGAUGUUUGCAGCAGUAUGCCCAAGUGGCUGAACUGCCAGAGGGGUGUCACUUCUGGACUCUGCCCCAGGACAUGUUUCUAUUGCCGAUGCAGUGAUUGUGAUAGUGAUGUGUUGCGGCGGUGGCGGCCGUGCACGGGAGCACCUGAUAGAAAUAAAUACGUCAACGUCUACGCGGCCGUGUGUCUCCUGUUGCUGGUCAGUGGUCUACCUCCGAUGUCUUCGGCGGCCCCCGUGUCUAAGAACGCCAGCGAUUGGGAGAACCCUUGUGACUAUACGGGAGAAGUCACGAGCGUAAUCCCGUACAACGCGUCACUAGCGGAAGAAAUAGCGAACCAAGCCAAGCGAACACUGGAGAACACGGCGUCGUAUAAAAAUUCAUUCGCGUACCACACGCACAGCUUCGAGAUCUACGAUUCGCUACUAGAGCGGUGGGAGACGGACCUGUGGUUCCGCAACCUGUCGUGGUUCGAGCCGGAGCUGUUGCCGGCGAGCCACGUGGCGGCGCCGGGGACGACUCACGCGCCGCACCACAACCGCACUGCGGCGCAGGUCAUUGAGGAGCUUUUGAGCUCAGACGAGCGGCUCGACGCGGUCCUGCCGAGGCUGUACAGAGGGCUGCAGUUCGUGGUGGCCUCCUUCGACAAGAUGACGCGGGGCGCCGAGUUCACGGAUCAGCAGUUGGAGACUAACAUCACCGUCACCUACCAUGACAUCAAGUUUAUGCUGUGCAAUUUCUUUGAGCUGAUCAGAGCACGCAACUUGAUCGACAAGAUCCCUCCACUGGACCUGUCCGAACUGCCCAAGUUCGAGGACCGUCUCCGAGACAUGCUGCUGGUCUUCAGAGACUCCCUGGACUACGUCAGCUACCUCGGCAGACUCUUCGAGAGGGUCCACCAGAAACAUUCCCAAGAAGCCAAGUCUUGAACUGCUGAGCAGCGGGAUUGAAGAGUUUAGCGCAUCCUUCCCACCGGCUUGGUUUGACGACACUAGACAAAUGUAUUUAUUUAUAUAGGCGCGGCGGUUCCGUGCUGCAAAGUCACACGCUUGUUCUUGCAAGUCUCGUUUCGCUAGGUUUAGUAGCGAUUUAGAACUCUUUGCCAUUAAAUUGCCAUUUUGGGUCUAGAAAGAAUUAGUUCCUUUUUGUAUUAUUUUGUAAAUAGACGACGAAUUUAAAUAUGUUAUUAUUUAUUAUUGCGACUGCCGCUUGAUUGUAUGCAACAAAAUUUCCCGUCAUCCUAGUCAAGGUCUAAAAUUAUUUCCUAUUUUAAUCGAUUCUUGUGCAGAUUCGUUGUUGCGGUAUUAUUUAGUGUAAACUUUACUGUUAGUAUUACCAUUUCACCAGACUUAUCUAACAUUAGCGGUUCAUAUUUAUUCUUUGUGUACAAUGUAAAGUUUAAGCACUCUGCGUGAAUGGGCUAAUGUUAAUAUUUCGGCAGAUUGGUUGUAUUGUAUCUGACAUGGACAUGUAACUAGACAUUAGAUAGACGAGUGACGAUUGUCGGAUAUGAUGUGUGUUUGAGAAUAGCCCCCCACUUGUUGGUUCGAUCUCUUUCCCUAGAUUACUGUAUUAUUUAAUUGUGAAUGAUGUGUUUGAGGCUGCAAGGAUAAUGUACACAUGUUUUAUUCCUACAACCAUUAUUUUAACUCGUCCUUAAUAUUUGUUAACUAUUUAUAUUACUGUUACUGAAAUCCAAUGAAGACGACUAGCUUUAAUAGAAGCUGUUAAUAAUAUUAUUGUAAAGAACAGAGCUAGUUUAUUUAUGAAUUAAUCAUUUAUUUGUAUAGUUCAAAAAGUAUUUAUAAUGACGACAAGCAUGGCCCCCAUGUUUGUUCAAUUAAAUUAUUAUUAAAACUA